ACUGCAUCUUCAGAGCACCUUCAGCCAAUACCAAGACCUGUAGGCUAAAUCAGGCAGCAAUACAUUUAUACUAAAUGUUUAAUGAUAUCAAUUACACUGAUCACUUUCUUUGGUUUUAGAAUGGCCGCUACAAUCAUGGAUGUCACUAAGGAGACAGCAAAGGAUCUUCUGCAGCUGGUGGGAGAGACAUCUCAGACCAUGACAAGGAUGUCUGUAAUGGAUCACUUUGACCCAAUUAAAGAACUGGGCAAAGGUUCUUAUGGGAAGGUUCUCCUCGCCAAUCACAGGCGUUCAGGACAGCUGGUGGCCUUGAAAAUGCUGGUGAAGGAGAAGACUUUAGCAGAUAAUUUCCUCUUGGAAUAUAGUAUCUGCGUCUACCUUGGGAUUCAUCCCCAUAUCGUUACCACCUUUAGAAUGGCCUUCGAAACACCAAGCAACUAUGUGUUUGUUCAGGAGGUUGCACCAGCUGGGACACUACAUUCCAUCAUAACACCAAAGGUUGGUUUACAAGAGGACAUUGUGAAGCGCUGCAUUCUUCAGCUGACGAGUGCCUUGGAGUUCAUCCACUACAAGGGACUGGUCCAUCGGGACAUCAAGCUGAAUAAUAUUCUGCUCAUGGACCAUGAAUGCCAUUGCAUCAAACUUGCAGACUUUGGACUCACCCGACUCCAGGGAACCUAUGUACCAGGAAUGUCCUGGAUCAUUCCCUACAUGGCUCCUGAACUCUGCCUUGUUGCAGACAGUGAGACGAUAUUAUUGCACCCUAGCCUUGAUGUUUGGGCAUUUGGAGUCCUGGUGUAUGUGAUGCUCACUGGCUGUUUCCCAUGGAAGGAGGCUUUACCAAGGGACCAACAAUAUUUGCAGUUUGUUCACUGGCAGGUAUUUAAAGACACUGUGCCAAUACCAGCCGAGUGGAGGUUGGUUACCACUGAAUCCCAGUAUUUCUUCAGACUAAUGUUGGCCAUUGAUGCUACUGACAGAUGUUCUGUAUCACACAUUGCGGAAUAUAUUCACUGGCCAUGGAAAGCCGAUAUCCCCCAUAAGGACAUUACAUGA